GUCACUGCGCAGCUGCGAAUCACAACAGGAAGAAGGAGCAAACAAAGCUAGCAGCGAGCUAACACAACAACAGGACACCGAGGACAGAGGACAGAUGUCCCCGUGUCUCCAGCUGAGGACAGAGUGUCUCCGUGUCUUCAGGUUCGUGUGUGAGACGAUGAGCUCGGACAGUCUCCAGCGUCAGUGAGUUUAUUGGAUCUGUAAGCGCGUGAUGAUGGCCGACCUCGGCGUGCGGUGCGUCGUCCUCGCCGUGGUUCUUUGCAGCGUCCUGCUUCCCUCGCCGUCACACGGCUACAUCUACGCUCAUUACAGCAACAUGACCACCAUGCUGUUCGAGGACCUGCCCGCCUUGUUUGGCGCCCCGCUUCCUAAGGACGGACUGAUGGGAGUUCUGGUCCUGACCCGCCCGUUGAACGCCUGUUCACCGGUGGACCCUCCUCCUCCGCUGCCGCCGUCUUUCGACGCCAACACGACCAAGUUCAUCGCUCUCAUCAGACGCUACGAUUGUAACUUCGAUAUAAAGGUGCUCCACGCGCAGCAGGCUGGCUUCAGCGCGGCCAUCGUUCACAACAUGUAUUCAGACACGCUGCUCAACAUGAACUACAGCAACGACACGAUCGCAGAGGAGAUCGAGAUCCCGUCUGUCUUCACCAGCUUCUACGCCUCCCAGAUCCUCCGAAACUUCAUAAUUCCAGAACAAGGAGCGUACGUCAUCCUCAAACCAGAGUUCGCCUUUCCCAUCUCGUACUACCUGAUUCCCUUCACCGGAGUCGUCUGCAUGAUCAUCCUCGUGAUGUGCAUCGUCUUCAUCAUACGCUGCGUUCAGUACAGGAAGAGGCUGAGGAAAAACCGCCUGUCCAAAGAACAGCUGAAGCGGAUUCCGACUCACCGUUUCCGUAAAGGUGACGACUAUGACGUGUGUGCGAUCUGUCUGGAUGAGUAUGAAGAGGGAGACAAGCUGCGAGUUUUACCGUGCUCACAUGCCUAUCACUGUAAGUGUGUCGACCCGUGGCUCACGCAGACCAAGAAGACGUGUCCCGUGUGCAAACAGCGCGUCACUCGGAACAACCCGGAACACUCGGAGUCCGAGUCCGAUGAUGAAGCCGGAGGACGCGGGGAGGAAGAAGGGACGGAGGGUGAAGCGGACUCGGAGCGCACUCCUCUGCUCCGGCCCUCUAACCCGGGGUCCCCGUCCGGGAGCCCGGGCAUCUACUCGGCCACCACCGUCACCACCGCCCAGUGCCUCGCCUCCCCCGCGCUCUGUGACUCACCCAUACUGGGCUACGAAGGCUACCACUCCCCCCAGGAGGACACGGACUCAGAGAGCGAUGACGCGGCCGAGGACGGGCACCACACUGACGACGACACGGCUCAGCUCAUCGGGAGGGACAGCGUGCAGAUCUGACGGCAGAGCUCCGAGUCUGGGUCUCACACUGUUCUCUGACAGCUGGUGGUUAGCGACACAUUUCUCCUAACAGCGUUUUACCUGGUAACCACAUGAGGUUCUACAUGUUGGUGUCAAAGCACACGCAGCACUCGGAUUGGACUUCUGUAAACACACACACACACACACACACACUCAGUCCGGUCCUGUGUUCGUCCGUAGACCUCCUUUUUUUUUUUUUUAAGCAUGUUGUAAUUCAUAACUCGACCAUGUCACGUGACCUAACCACUAGUGCUGCACAAGAACAGGCCACCUAAAUGUCUGAAUAAUGUGUGUGUGUGUGUGUGUGUGUGUGUGAGUGUGAGAGAAGAACACGAUGAGCUCUGUCGUGGAUCUUUUAAAGAAAGGUCAGUUUGUCUUAAUCUGGAUUAUUUUAUAUCUCCUUCCACCUUUAACUCAAACAUUUUCUCAGCUCUCCGCUCACUCUUUAUAAAAUGUUCUUUGAAACGUGGCGUCCGGCUCAGAUUCCACAGUAAGCGACACUACGAUAGAGCUUCUACAUCUCUGCUGCUCUGACACUGUGCGGUCAGUUUCAGCUUCAUGCAGUUUGUCCAGAACAAACUUUAUGAAUAACAGAAUCACACACAGGUUGAAAACAUGUGGAAUGGUGGAAGGUGUUUUUUAUUUGGUUUUACUCUUCAGGAGAGACGGCGCUGCCUUACUUUGGCCUUGAUGUACAGUUAGACGAAGGGACGGACUCGCACUCCUGUCGGUUAGAAGCUUCCUGAGCUCUGCUUCACUUUAUGUAGUUUUUACGGUAAUGAACAAAGAGACGGCGUGUUUCCACGCUCGGCGCUGACACGUCUGAUUUGCACCUUUUUGCUCAGCGGCUGUACUUUGUAAAAAAGACCCGAGCGGUCCGUGCUGUCCGUUUCUACACCAAGCAGCACCAACAGAAACUUAAAGAUGUUUCAGCCAAACUGUUUGACUGCUUCACGUUAAACUGUGUUCACGCCCAUCCAACACCGGCACGGUGUGGAACGUCCUCGUGAUGGAAAUCUUUUUUUAAAAUUUUAUCUUUUUAAAGAACCUUGAAACUUCUCAGACAGAGGACCGAGCGUUCCCGUACACGCGACGGACACGGCGCAGAAACGUGUUGCAGUUUGAUGUUGGACUAAAAUCGAUACAUUCCAUCUUUAUAUGUGACUGCUGAUUGGUUCACACUUUAAAGGUCUGACGGGGCUCGUAGGCAAUAGUCUGUGUCAUGAACUAGAACGUCUGUUUUCCUUUUUACACUUUGCUUCACGUGUAUUUUGUACUGUACUUUCUUUUUUUUGGGCUCUAUGUCUCGAUUUUAGAGACUGUUAACUGAAACGACUGGAAAAAAUCUAAAUAUAAUCCCCAGACGAUUAAUUUUUCCUAGUUUAUCACAUUGAAGUAAUAAAUGUACAGUGUCAAGUAUAAUUUCUGUGUACAGAGCAGGUUUAGGAUGUCUGAAAAAAGAGGAUUUAAUGUGACAUGUGGAAGAUUAAAUAAUAUUCAAAUGGGAA